UUUAUUAUUUUUUUUUGCCUGCAAACAAGGUUCGGAGUUGAAGUUCGAAAUCUCUCGAGCAUCGUCUAGGCAAGUAUGGUAGCAGAUCACAGGCACCUGUACGGCAACUGACGAUCUAAACGCACCAGACGGCGAGAAGUCGCCACCGUUGGUUAAUCGCUGAGCCCGGAGCUCCAUCCCGUGAUAUUAGCAAGUAAUAUCUGUCUCCCUGCACCAAUCUUUCACUACCUUCAAUUUUCUAUAACCAACAUUACUCCCCCCCUUCUCUCUUCCUCUCUAUCAUGGGAGGAGCUCUUGAUUUCUCACAAACUCAAAGGAUCGUUUUCCUUAUUGACCUCCAUCCCCUCCUCCACUUGCAAAACCCUAAGCAUUACAUCACUUCUGUCAUCGACUCUGCUCGAACCUUCCUCACUUUCCCUCCACUCUCCUCCUCCCUCUUCGCAUUCAAGCUCUUCUUCUCCUCUCUUUCUCCACUCCUCUCCUCUUCCAAACUCCACCGCCUCCUUGGCAAGUCUGCUGUUUCUUCUUUCUCCUUUGACCGCCCCUCGCAAACUCUGCUUUCGCUUUCUGAAACCCUAAAUUCCCUCCCCGCUCUCUCCGGAACCUUAAUUUCACCACCUCGAGCGUCUCUUACCUCCAGUUCGUUGCUUCAGCUCAUUCACGAUUAUGCCUGGGAGCCUCGGAUUCAAGAUUUGAUAGGUAAGUCAACAGAGUUACCCACUGUGCGUUCCAACUUGAUUCUCCUCUUUUCACCGGCAUCUAGAUCUCUAAAAUGUUUAUCCGAGUUCGUGGAUGUGAAAAUAGACGAUGAAUCUCUGGUAACCGUAGAUGUUUUCUCCGAGAAAUUCUUUCAAUUGUUUGGCAGUGUUAGCGAAGGAUUUGUCGAUAGGGAUAUACACUUCAGUUGGAUCGAUGUCAUUCAUGAACAAGAUUACGGUGGGGAAAGCGUUGAAAGAGAGGAGCUUGUCUUGGGGAAAAUGUUUCUUGGGAAAGGGAUUAAGAGGUUGGGUUGGGGCUUCUGUUCAACGGAUGCGAUUAUUGUGGGUUCUGCUCUAAUUCCCUUUGGGUUGAUUUAUCCGAACAUCGUUUGCCCUUCGAUAGGUUAUAAUCUUACCAAUUGCCCCAAGAUUGCUCAUGCAGAAUUAAAUCUUGAGAUCUUGGAUGUGAAUGAGAAGCCCUUAGAAUGUAAGGGCUGUGAUCUAGAAUUGUUUGAUUUUAAACUACCAUGUCUGCAGAGAUCUGAUGAUGUUUUGCAUGCGUUGGAACCUGCGAAUUCAGUUGCUGGACGUUGUCAUCGAGGGAAAACGUUUUGGGGAGACAUUGGUGAUGGAAUCUUGAAUAUCCGUGUAAAAGAAGUCCAAAGGAGGAAUGACGAAAGCAUUAAGAUUGAUCACCAGUUCAAUGAUUCUAUUCUGGUACAUGCGCUCUCAGAGGAACAUGGGAAAGGUCAAAAGAAAGAAAGUUCAGAUGACUUGUUUGCAGACAAGGUUCUAGAAAUGUUAUGGAUGGAAACGGAUGGGUUCAUGUCAGUAAAAUCCAUACCUAUCUGGCAGCUGCUUCUUAAUUUCCUCUCCAGGGGAGGCUACUGGGCUCUGGUGUCUGUUGCAAAGGAUGGGGGGGAUUCCUUUAUGGGAAUCUUAAAGCCAUUAACAAUUCACACAGCUAUCCUUUCCAUUGUGAAUAGUGGAUAUUCCUUUUGUGAUUCAGUUCAUCACUCCAAUCAAUCUUCUUUUAGUUUGCUUGGGUCUGCCGCAAGGACAGAAAGUGAUGUAUCUAAUGAUAUUGCCAAUUUAAACCAUUCAAAUGGGCCAACUGCUUCUCAACCUGGGGCUUUGUCUUACAAGAUAUCAUCAGCAACGGAUGAUGCUAAAAGGAAAAGGAACAGAAAACAUCUAAAAUCACUUCAAGAUUUCACAUGGAGUUCCUUUUAUCAGGCGGUCCUUAAUCACUUUGAGGUGGAUCUGGAAGAAGUGUAUUUUGCCCGGAAACUUGAUACCUCAAAGAAGUUAAGAUUCUUGAGGUGCUGGAUGAAACAAGUAAAGAAAUCUAGUUGCUGUCAAAUUGAACGAAAUGUGCUGAAGACAGACAGUCAUAUUCAAAAAGAAAUGGAAGGAAAAUUUGUUGGGUCACAGCAAGAAGAAUGUGACCAGCCCGUUUUGUCCUCCCACUCAAAUGGAGAGACUUUAUUAUCCGGAGAUUCUGGAGUGAGGGAAGAUGUUGAUCCUAUUUAUUCCUUAGAAAAUUUGGAAUCUUUCUUUGGAAGUAUUCCUCAGAAGAUUCAGCAUGGUCUUGAAUCUGCUGAUGUAGAUUUGGGUGCUUUAGCAGAGCGGCUUGUUGAGUCAUGCAUCCGUUGGCUGUAUUGGAAGCAUGAAUUAGAGAACAAGAAUCUGACCCACGAGGAGCAUAUGGAUGGUACAUGUGCUGGAACAGUUGCUGCUGAACUAAUUAAGCUUCUCCUUAAGGAGCCUAAGGAUUUGACAGCUAAGUAUAAAGGCCAUAAUCCAUCAUCCGAUCCAAGUUCUGCAUUGUACACUUCGGAGAAUAUAAUUAGAGAGUAUGAGUUGCAAAUUCUGUUUCGGAUGGAGAUACUCCGCUCAAAGGUGAAAGUAGGUGUUGAAGAGACAAUAAAGCAAAAGAUGGUAAAGCAGAUUUGCUCACUUUUAGAUAUCAUCCAAUACCAUUUAGCAGGGGGCUUUUUUGGUGAUGUUAGCCUUGGUAUGUACGCUGGAAGGACCAUUAAGAACAGGUAUUCUGAUUCUUUAGGAGAUGUGGUUCAAAGAAUCUACACCCGGAUGGACUUAUUGCUGUUUGAUGAUGAGGAUGAUGAAGCCCCCGGGUCUCUAUUCAACAGUGAGGACAGUGAUCAAUCCAGGAGAAUCACACUGGAAAAGAAUGAGGUUAAUGCGAACUCCAGAGUAUGCAGUGAAUCUACCUCAUCAAGGGAUGAGCAUCUCCACCCACCGGAAAAUCAAAAUAAAAGAUUAGUAGCAGUUAGAGAGGAGGAGCAUGUGCACCAACGGCUAAUGGAAGCUCAAGAGAGGAGAGAGAGGGCUCGGAGGUUUUCCUCUUUCACCAGCUGGGUGCCAGAUUUGCAAAGAGUGUGGGCGCCAAGGCAGCCAAAGGCUAUGGUGAAGGCAGAGUAUCUAAGGAAACUUUCAAAGAGAAAGAAAGAACAGCGAGGGGACAGCUACGAUGUGGUGUGUGAGACUCCAAUGACAGGGAAGAAACUAUCAUGCACACGAGGGAGCACUGGGGAUGUGGUUAACUCCAGUGGGUCAGUGUCCAAGGCUUUGUUUCAGGAUGAAGGCAGUUAAAUGUAGAGCAUCAUUGCUUGA